CACAUAUUUUAGAAAAUAUGGGUUAAAAGAUAUGGAGAGAAAAGGAGCGAACCAUGGCUCCUCAAAAAAGGUGGAGAGGGUCACAGACACAGUACAAAAAUCUACACUCAGUCAACAGCGCCAAGAGAGAACCACACGAGCCCACCACCGGAUUUAAUUUCGCCAUCAAAUCCAUUUGUCAAUGGCGGUAAUUGUAUCAGCUUAGCUCCCAAUUGCACGUACGGUUAUGGUCCCUUUCCGCUUUUCAUCGCACCUGCAGUCUGCGUUGUCUCACAGCUCCCGAAUCUUCUUAUUAUCCGCUUCCCAUUCGAUUUUUGGAUUACCCAUCUACUCGUUAGCCGUUUUCUUCCCUUUUUGACGUGACAACGGAUUGAUGCCCUGUAAAAGUUUGGAUCUUUUCUUGUUUUAAUUCACGAUUUUGCCAUUCUAGGGUUUUUUUUUUCUUUAGUGUCUGAGCUUCUUGGAUCGGUUGGAAUCGAAAGGGGGGAGAGGAAAGAGGGCAGGAGAUAUGGCGGGGAGUGGGCAGGGUAUAGAGCCGGCCUUGUUGGAUGACAUCAUCAAUCGCCUGUUGGAGUCCCGAAACGCGAGGACUGUGCGGCAGGUGCAGCUGUCGGAGAACGAGAUCCGUGCUCUGUGCACGACGUCUCGUGAAAUUUUCUUGUCCCAGCCUAAUCUCCUCGAGCUGGAAGCCCCCAUCAAGAUCUGCGGUGACAUUCAUGGGCAGUAUGGAGAUCUUUUAAGACUUUUUGAAUAUGGGGGAUUUCCUCCAGAGGCCAAUUACUUAUUCUUAGGAGAUUAUGUGGACCGCGGCAAACAAAGUUUAGAAACAAUCUGCCUUCUUCUUGCCUACAAGAUAAAAUACCCGGAGAAUUUCUUUCUCUUGAGAGGAAAUCAUGAAUGUGCUUCUAUUAAUAGGAUAUAUGGGUUCUAUGACGAAUGCAAAAGGCGUUAUAACGUGAGAUUGUGGAAAACAUUUACAGAUUGUUUUAACUGCCUUCCUGUGGCGGCUCUUAUAGAUGAGAAGAUACUCUGCAUGCAUGGUGGUCUCUCUCCCGAUCUAGCACACUUGGAUCAGAUAAGAAAUUUACCUCGUCCAACUGAUAUUCCUGAUGCUGGUCUGCUUUGCGAUCUUCUUUGGUCUGAUCCCAGUAGAGAAAUUAAAGGUUGGGGGAUGAAUGACAGAGGAGUCUCGUACACAUUUGGCCCAGAUAAAGUGGCUGAAUUUCUUAUGCAGCAUGAUAUGGACCUUGUUUGUCGUGCUCACCAGGUUGUGGAAGAUGGAUACGAGUUCUUUGCCGAACGGCAGCUAGUUACUAUAUUCUCUGCUCCAAACUAUUGUGGUGAAUUUGACAAUGCUGGUGCUAUGAUGAGUGUCGAUGAGAGUCUGAUGUGCUCGUUCCAGAUUUUGAAACCAGCCGAGAGAAAGCGUUUCUUGUGAAACAAGUUUUGAUAUAUAUUUCCUCUCUUCUCUAGGAAUUCCCAGGUUAUAAUUCUAUUAUAUCUAUAUAUCGUCAAGUUAUGAUUUCUGCUUCUGGCAGCAUGUCAAAGAAAAUUCGAAGUUCUUCCAGAGAUUUAACUUAUAUUGUCUGGAAGUACUUUUUGCAUGUUGAUGGUUGGAUAUUCAGUUUGGAAAAUUACAUUUGAUUCACAUCUUUGAUCGUUCUAAAUUUGUUUGAUGAGUUUUCUCCUUGUGGCUUCUCCAUUUCUGUAUUUCUUGCUCCUGCUCAUAGGAUAUUAUAGAGAAGUGCUUCAAAAAAAAAAU